CCAGUCUGUCUACUGAUACGAGACACAGACGGCAGGAGCGCGCGACAGAGCAGAGCGCACAGCAACACAAGCGGAGCUGCGCCUUUUCUCCUCGCUCAGAUUUCCAGACACACACUCACACACAGAAACGGCGUAAGUGGAUGUAUGCAACAGAUCCGUCUACGAUAGCAAGAAAAACUGCAUUUGAGUUGUUGUUUUUUGGUGUAAAAUCGAAGCCGAAAGAGAACUGUGACCCGGUUCAUCUUGGGUUCUCCAAUCUCCAUCUUCAAGUCGUUUUGUGCGACUUUUCACCGACGGUGACUUAACUGGAGGAACAUGCCAGACUUUUGAGAAAGCAUAUUUUUUCAGACCUUGCUCUUCCGUGGAACUGUAGCCCUAGCCUGGGUGCUGAAGAUGGGUGCCAAAAUGAAUACACCCAAAGGGAAUAUAGUAUUUUCCACUGCAUUAUUAUUAUUUUUGGUUGCAAUUAUGCAGGACGUUUCUGGUAAGACUUUGAAAUAUAAAGUUUAUGAAGAGCAAAAAGUGGGCACAGUGAUUGCAAGGCUAAAGGAAGACGUGGCGGGUGUUCUGUCUAAAUUACCGAGUUCAGUGUCCUUUCUGUUCCGUGCUAUGCAGCGGGGGAGCACACCGUUUCUGUCGGUUCGGGAGGAGGACGGUGAAAUCACCAUAGGGACCAAGAUUGACCGGGAGAAGAUUUGUGAAAAGAACCUCAACUGUUCUAUCGAAUUUGACGUUAUCACUCUGCCUACUGAAUACCUUCAGCUCUUCCACGUCGAGGUGGAAGUCUUGGACAUUAACGAUAACUCACCACAGUUCUCUCGUGCCAUCAUCCCCAUUGAGAUCUCCGAGAGUGCAUCUGUGGGCAACCGGAUCCAGCUGGACAGCGCCACGGACCCUGACGUGGGAGAUAACUCCCUUUACUCUUACUCCCUGACCCCGAAUAACUUUUUCAAAAUCGACAUUAGGACCAGAACCGACGGUGCCAAAUACGCAGAGCUUGUUGUGGUGAGAGAGCUGGACAGGGAGGUGCAGUCCAACUACCAGCUGCAGCUAACGGCCUCAGACAAUGGAGUCCCCCCGAAGUCCGGCUCCACUCUGCUCAAGAUAAGCAUCUCGGACUCUAAUGACAACAGUCCGGCUUUUGACGAGCAGGCUUACGUUAUUAAUCUCCUGGAAAACUCACCACUCGGGACUCUACUGAUUGAUUUAAAUGCCACGGAUCCGGAUGAGGGCACUAACGGUAAAAUAGUUUACUCUUUCAGCAGUCAUGUCUCUCCCAAAAUACUGGAGACGUUUAAAAUUAACCCAGAAAAUGGUCAAAUCACUUUGAUUAAAAAAGUGGACUAUGAAUCUACUUCAUCUUAUGAGCUGGACGUUCAGGCACAGGAUCUGGGUCCCAACUCCAUCCCCGGACUUUGUAAAAUCGUCAUCAAAGUGGUGGACGUGAAUGACAACAAACCUGAGAUCAACAUUAACCUGAUGACUCCUGGCAAGGAGGAGGUGGCCUACAUCUCGGAGGGCGCGCCAGUGGACACCUUCAUAGCACUGGUGCGGGUGGACGACAGUGACACAGGGCUCAACGGUGACGUGGUGUGCCGCCUGCACGGCCACGGUCACUUCCGGCUGCAGAAGACCUAUGAGAAGAAUUACAUGAUCCUCACCAACGUGUCUCUGGAUAGAGAGAAGAGGUCAGAGUACAGUCUGACAGUCAUAGCUGAGGACCGCGGCUCUCCAAGCCUCUCCACAGUCAAACACUUCACUGUGCAGGUGUUGGAUGAAAAUGAUAACCCGCCCCACUUUGAGAAGAGUCGCUACGAGGUCUUCAAGUCAGAGAACAAUUCUCCCGGGGCCUACCUGAUGACAGUGGUGGCGUCCGACCCUGACCUGGGCACCAAUGGUCAGGUGACCUACACGGUAGUGGAAGCUCUGGUCCAGGGAAGCCCCAUCUCCACCUACGUCACUAUUGACCCGUCCAACGGCGCCAUCUAUGCUCUACGGAGCUUUGACCACGAGGACAUCAGCCGCAUUGCCUUCACAGUCCAGGCACGCGACGGAGGGAACCCCGCCCUCUCCUCCAACGCCACCGUCCUUCUGACCGUGCUCGACGACAACGACAAUCCGCCCAUCAUCCAGUCCCCACCCCUACGGAACCACACCGCCGAUCUACCUCUCUGGAGACACGCCUCCGCUGGUCAGCUGGUCACCAUCAUCAAGGCCACCGACCGCGACACCGGUGCCAACGGCGAGCUGAGCUGCUCCAUCAUCGGGGGCAACGAGGAGGGCCUGUUUGUGAUGGACGCGCGGCGGUGCGAGCUGCGGACCAAUGGCAGUCUGGAAGGGGUUCCCAAGGACAUACUGGAGAUCAGGGUGGAGGUGCAGGAUAGGGGCACCACCCGCCUGUCCACGGGGGCCCUGCUCCGCCUCUCUCUCCAGGAGAACAUGGACAUCCUGCCCCCAGGCCUCCCCACAGGCCCCAGCCAGCCACCGCUGGACCUGUCCCUCAUAAUCAUAAUCUCCCUGGGGGCCGUGUGUGCCCUGCUGCUGGUGGUCAUGGUGAUGUUCACCACAGCACGCUGCAACAGGGAGAAGAAGGACCCACGCAACUCGUACAACUGCAGGGUGGCUGAGAACACGUACCAGAACCACCCAAAGAAGCCCUCUAGGCAGAUCCACAAGGGAGACAUCACCCUGGUCCCCACCGUCAACGGCACCCUGCCCGUACGGGCACACCCACGCUCACCUUCUGCGUCGCCUGUCCCUGAGAGGGGAACCAUGGGCAGCCGGCAGAGCCAACACAGCCACCAGUCGCUUAACAGCCUAGUCACCAUCUCCUCCAAUCACGUUGCAGAUAAUUUUGCUCUGGAACUGGCCCAUGCCACGCCCCCUGUCGAGGUAAGAGGAAGAGAGUGAGAGAGAGAGAAGGUUUAAUUUCAUGUCCUAAGUCCUUAGUAAUGUAUUACUAUAUGGUUACAUGAAUAUGUUAUCUGCUAAUGGUAGUCUUUGAAUCUCUUAAAUGCCUUUGGAAUAAAAUAGACUACCAUCAACUAUGGAUCUAUAGAAUAAAGAAUGACUGAGUUUAAGAUUUGCCUUAUAUUAUGGUGAUAUAGAAAUCUAAUGAUGAAUUGAAUUGAAUUGAAUAUUAAUUAUUUUUGCGUUAUAUAUUUUAUGUUCAGUAUUUGUUCUGAAUGUGUGCCCCACGGUGUGUUAUGUUCAGUUCUCCGUCCCUUAUUUCCCAUGAUCAUGUCAUGUUUUAGAAUCCGUCAUAUCAACAUUCAUCCACCUCAUGUAUCCUUAUGUCUGUCUGCUCCCAUCGGUACUCAUUUAUUCAUUUUCCCUUUUCAUUUUCCCCUUUAUUUUCACUAUCCUUUCUUUUUUCUUUUUUCUUUUUCUUUUUUUGGGGGGAUUGUAGCAAGUCUCACAGCUUCUGUCCAUGCUCCAUCAGGGCCAGUACCAGCCACGACCAAGUUUCCGUGGAAACAAAUACACCAGGAGCUACAGGUAAUAACACCAUGUACCUACAUCUUAAAAUAAACACACCGGAAGGGAAUCAGAAUGUACAUGUUUAAGAAUGUGUGCAUAACUCAGUAAGGUGCUAAGGCAUAUCCUACAAUGCUUUACAUAUUCCUAAAAAGCUUUUGGCAGUAUUCCCUCUUAGGCCUAUAUGUGCCUUGUUCUAUUUUAGGACUCAACCUUAAUAAUUGUAUGCAAAAACCUCCACUGCACUUAGUUUCGAUAUAUGCAUAAGCCUUGAACCAUUCUCCAAUGUUGCUUUCUAUGGAAGUUUAACCAGCAUUUCUUCUCACCAUCUCCAGGUAUGCUCUGAACGACAUGGAUAAGUUUAGUCUGAAGGACAGUGGUCGUGGUGAUAGCGAGGCUGGGGACAGUGACUACGAGGCAGGGAGAGAGUCUCCCAUCGACAGGCUCCUGGGUGAGGCCUUUACUGAGCUAUACCCCCCUGACGGCCAACACAGACCAAAUCCACAGCAUCCGCAUGCAGGUAUACACCCUUCACCUCAUCACCCCUCACCUCGUCUCAAAACCCUCACCCAUCACCACUCUCCACCUAUCAAAUAUCAACUCCCUUACUCUACACCUCAGUUCUUUGCUGAACUCUACCAACAUACUGCAUGCAGGUAUACCAUCCUCACCCCUUUGACCAUGUCACUCCUCUCACCCAUCUUAGCUCUUACCCCUACACUACAGGCCUCCACUGAGCUAUUCCCCAUCACAUCACCUCACCCCUCCCACUCUCAAUCACCCCUCAUCCCCAACACCUCUGAGAGAUCCACUUCCCAGCUGCUUAUCAGCACAGUGACUGGAUGGGACUGUGGAGGGAGAAAAGAGGUAGAAUUAUCACCCGUUUCUCUGAUGAAAAAAAGCUCUAAUCUCCUCCACAACACAAUUAUUUCAGAGUGCGAUCAGGCAACCAGGCAGUCAGCUGGGCAGGCAGGCAGGUGGAGAGGCAGGUUGGAGUGGUUUAUUGACAGCUUUGAAAGGCGUUUUUUGUCAAUCAGUCCGGUUAAUCUUUCAUCAGCGGGGGAGCCAAUCUGCUGCAUGGCCGAGGCUGCUGUUUUUCUAAUGUUCCCCAAUGCACUCUUCCUUCAUCAGCUCUAAGAUGUAUUAUAAAUUGUCCUUUUAUGGUAAUGAGAGCGUAAUGAAGUCCCUGAAUAGUAUGAGUGAAAAACCAGCGCUCUUUAAUGAAAGCUUUAACUUGGCAUAUUUGAUUUGUCUAAUUUAUUCUUCAGAGAUUUUUCAUUUGAAGAUUUAAUAUUGAAUAGACACGACAUGAAAGGGAAAAAUGCAGGCUUUUGAAUGAGUAAUAGUAGCCAUUGAUCUGGCCCAGUGAAUUGCCCCGACAUGUUAAUUGCAUCUUAUAGGUAGCGUGCUCACUCCCACAGAGUGCUAUGCUAUCUAAUUAGCUUAGAUUUCAACCCAUGUUUGAACCCAGAUCACACAACUGUGUUUAAGGAUGAAUGGAGAUCAAAUGUUUGAUGUUAAAAGACUGUAUGAAAGACAAUCUCUCAUCUCCUCCCCUCAAAACCAAUCCUAAUUCUAUAGCUACUCAUCACCAUCUCCCCUCAUCACAAGUCUAUCAACAAAAGAACAGUAAUACCCAGAACAAUCUAUGGUGUGUGUAUGUUUAAACGCAUGGCCAUAUGGGGCCCAUCUUCUGUGUAUUUCAUCUAUGCAGUGCCUUGUGACUCUAUAUCCCUGACCAUGUCUCUCUCUCUCCCUCUCUCUGUAGCGAUGAGACUAUGCACUGAGGAGUGUCGUGUCCUGGGUCAUUCUGACCAGUGCUGGAUGCCUCCCCUGCCUUCCCCAGCCUCCUCUGACUACCGCAGCAACCUCUUCAUCCCAGGAGAGGACCCCCGCCAGGCCAGCGACCCUCAGGAGCCCCCCCAGCCCUCCGACCCCGCCCACCCUCAUGCCCAACGCAGCAACCAGAGCUUCUCCACCUUCGGCAAGGACAACCAGGAGGGAGCCGAGGAGGGAGAGGCGGAAGAUGGGGGAGAGGAGGAGGAGGACCUGUGUGGAACCACCUCCCUGCUGUCAGAGAUGAGCAGCGUGUUCCAGAGGCUCCUCCCCCCGUCUCUGGACUCCUACGUCCAGGUCAGUGAGACCCAGAAGGGAGGUGUGAGUGUGGGGGGUGUAGGUGUCCCCAUGACGGGUUCACUGGACAGGAGGAGGGGUCACUUGCCAGGUAAGCCCAGUGCUGCUGCCCACCAGCAAGGUGUGGCAGCGUGGGCCGCCAACACCCACUUCCAGAACCCCGGAUCUAACAUCGGGCCCUCAGGCCACCCACACCCCCAGAACGGCAGCUACCACACCCUCAAACCCAGCACCAAGCUCAGCCCCCAGAACAACCACAAGAACCAAGUCGUUGGGCACGGACAGCACGCCCCCACCCCCAAGAACAGCCCUCUCCUCACUGCCCUGGUUAGCCCCACCCUGGUGGUACCCUCCCUGGCCCCUGCCCCCAUUCCUGUCCCUGUCCCCCUCCCAGGGCCGUGCGGUAAGUGGCUCCCAGCCAUGGAGGAGAUCCCAGAGAACUUUGAGGAGGAUGAGUUUGACUCGGUGCUGGGGCAGCUGGGACACCUGCAGGGGAAGAGGAGCGACAGCCGCCAUGAGCUGAUGGACGCCAGCGAGCUGGUGGCUGAGAUCAAUAAACUGUUACAGGAUGUCCGCCAGAGCUAG